GGGGGCGGAGCCGGCGCCGCACAUGCGCCGGGCGAGCUCCAUGUCCGCGCUGCGGACGCUGCUGGGGCUCGGGCUGCUGGCCGCCGGCUCCCAUCUGCGGCGCGUCGCGGGCCAGGCCGGCGCCUGCCGUGCGGGGCCCGCGUGGUGGGGGACGCGGCGGCCGCGCUCGGGCGGCCCCGGGGAGUCGGCGGGCAUGGCGAGCCCGGCGGUGAAGUACCUGAGCCAGGAGGAGGCCCAGGCGGUGGACGAGGAGCUGUUCAACGAGUACCAGUUCAGCGUGGACCAACUAAUGGAGCUGGCCGGGCUGAGCUGCGCCACGGCCAUCGCCAAGGCCUAUCCCCCCAAGUCCAUGUCCCGGAGCCCCCCCGCCGUCCUGGUCAUCUGCGGGCCCGGGAAUAACGGAGGAGACGGUCUGGUCUGCGCGCGGCACCUCAAGCUCUUCGGCUACCAGCCAACCAUUUAUUACCCCAAAAGGCCGAACAAGCCGCUCUUCACAGCGCUGGUGACCCAGUGUCAGAAAAUGGAAAUCCCUUUCCUUGGUGAAAUGCCCUCGGAGCCCAUGCUGAUCGACGAACUGUACGAGCUGGUCGUGGACGCCAUCUUUGGCUUCAGCUUCAAAGGCGAUGUCCGGGAGCCGUUCCGCAGCAUCCUGAGUGUCCUGAAUGGGCUCACGGUGCCCAUCGCGAGCAUCGACAUCCCCUCAGGAUGGGACGUGGAGAAGGGGAACUCCGGAGGGAUCCAGCCAGACUUGCUCAUCUCCCUGACAGCACCCAAAAAGUCGGCCACCCAGUUCACUGGGCGCUACCACUACCUGGGGGGUCGCUUUGUGCCACCUGCUCUGGAAAAGAAAUACCAGCUGAAUCUGCCGCCCUACCCCGACACCGAGUGUGUCUACCGUCUGCAGUGAGGGGGGCCGGGCGGCCAUUCCUCCCAAUAAAGACUUUGUGGCCCCCUCCCGA